AUGCUCCUUCUAACGAGUAGCAAUCUGGCACGUCUACUGACGUUGGUCGGCCCAGCAAGCGCCGACUCUGACAUUGUCAGCGAAUUGUCGCUUGAGUCGUCACGAAGUCAUAUCCAACGGACGGUAACAGCGUUAUCGGAGGACGCCUCAAUAGACAAAGCUGCGACGAUUGCAGAUGAAAUAGUUGCACGUGUUGGUAGUGAGGAUUAUUUUCUCCUUGCCACGAUAUCGCAACCAUACAAUGGGUAUAGGGAUAAAGCGAAGACUAGCCUCGAGUGGAUAGGACAGCCUGACCGCGUAGGCCGGAAGCAUCCCAAAGCCCAGAAAUCACUGCAGCGCAAACNGACCCCGGAUGAUCCCACCGAGGGUUACUGUCGGUUACAUUGUAGCUACGGACCAGGAGCUCUCAAUUGCAGGAAACCUUGCAUCUACGAGACAGGAAGGGGACUGCAGUUGACCAACCCAACGUCGGAUAUCAAAUUCUCGGAUCUCAUAGCCCGGAUGGACGUGUACCAAAUCACGGGUCUAAUGCCUGUUAUCCCCGUAGAUUUCUAG